AUGGCAUCCCGUUCUCUCUCAGACAUCCCUCUCCAGAACCUCUACCACCUCCUCCAGCCCCUGACCCUCUCUCCCGACGCCCGCUUCACAAACUGGGGCCGCACCUUUACCUGCCAGCCUCUCGCCGUCUUCUUGCCCGAGACAGAGUACCAAUGCGAGCUUGUAUUGGAGCUGGCCCGCAGAGAGGGCAAGUCCGUCCGCGCCGUUGGAGUCGGUCACAGCCCCAGUGAUCUCGCCUGCACCAACGAGUACAUGCUUCGUACCGAAAAGCUGAACCGCCUGCUGGAGGUACACGCAGAGAAAAAUUAUGUCGUCGUCCAAGGCGGCAUCACGCUGUCCGACCUCCAUCUCCAACUCGCCAAGCACAAGCUCGCGAUGAUGAAUGUUGGUUCUAUCUCCGACCAAACCCUGGCCGGAAUCGUUACGACAGCCACUCACGGCUCCGGAAUCGACUUCGGCGUCAUGUCGACGCACGCGCUCGGGCUGACCCUCUUAUUGGCGGAUGGGUCUCGUGUAUUCUGUUCACGUUAUGAGCGCGCGGAUCUAUUCAUGGCUACCAUUUGUGGAUUGGGGAGCACAGGCCUCAUCUUGAACGUACAUCUACAAGUCGAACCCGCAUUCAUGCUAAAGGAGUAUCAAGAAUCUCUCUCCUUCAACGACGCGAUGGAGAAUUUGGACACCAUCGUGCAUUCUGGCGAACACGUGAGAUUCUGGUGGUUUUACUCUCCGGACACCGUGCGCGUCAGCGUCUCAAAUCGUACCGACGAGCCUAGGAAACCCGCGUUCUCUUGGUUGUGGCACUCCCUCAUGGGCUACCAUCUGGUCCAACUGCUAUUGUUUAUCGGGCGAUUCUUUUUGUGUGUGAACACUUGGACAUGCCGGUUUGCAGCCUGGUUGACCAGCAGCAAAUCUGUGGGCGUGGACGUUAGUCACGCCAUCUUCAAUGUGGAAUGCAGAUAUCCCCAACACACGACCGAGUGGGCUAUUCCAUACGAGAAUACGGUCCCGUGCCUGCGCGAAUUCAGAGAUUGGGUGCAUGCCGAAAUAGAAAAACCAGACGGGAUCCGACCUCACUUCCCCGUGGAAAUCCGAUUCUCAGCCGCUGACGAUAUAUGGUUAAGCCCCAGCAGUGGCGGACGGACCUGUUGGAUUGGGAUCGUGCAAUACAAACCAUAUGGCUGUAACGUUCCGUAUCGCAAGCUCUUCGAAGGCUUUGAGGCUAUUCUUAGCAAGUACCAGGGCCGUCCGCACUGGGCGAAGGCACACAAUCUACGUCCCGAUACGCUGCGAAAGAUGUAUCCACGUUUUGAUGACUUCAUUCGUGUCCUCGAGGAUGUUGAUUCGACUGGGAUGUUCCGCAACGACUACAUCAACCGACACAUAUUCGGGCACAACAUAGCCGGACGGAUACACAAGUCGCGAAAGGAAUAG